AUGGAAGAUCCAUCGAAUCCGAGCUCACAGCAAACAAAUCCAACGGCGUCGCUCAGGCCGACUCACCACCGGCGAGCUCACUCGGAGGUGAACUUCAGGCUACCGGAGGACCUAGAUCUGGUGUCGGACCCCUUCGAUGCGCCUUCGGAGAGUUUCGAAGAGAUGGGAUCUGAGGACGAUCUCUUCUCCACUUUCAUGGACAUCGAGAAGCUUGGAUCCAGCCUGAACGACGGCGUUUCGGACAAUGCUGCCGGUGGAGGUGGCGGUAAUUGUGGCGGAGUAGGGGCGGAGGGUGGUGAGGGCGAGAGAAAUGUGAUGAGGCCUCGGCAUCGCCACAGUAAUUCUGUUGAUAGUUCGAAUCUGUUCGGUGAGAGUAUUGAGGCUAAGAAGGCUAUGGCUCCUGAGAAGCUGGCUGAGUUGUGGUCUAUAGAUCCAAAGCGAGCCAAGAGGAUUUUGGCAAAUCGACAGUCUGCUGCUCGUUCAAAAGAGAGGAAGGCGCGUUAUAUGUCAGAACUUGAGAGAAAAGUUCAGACCCUUCAAACAGAGGCAACCACUCUUUCCGCACAACUCACGCUAUUCCAGAGAGAUAUAACGGGUCAGAGUACUGAAAAUACAGAGCUUAAACUUCGGUUACAAGCUAUGGAACAACAAGCUCAGUUACGCGACGCCCUAAAUGAAGCACUGAAGCAGGAAGUAGAAAGGCUCAGAAUUGCCACUGGAGAAAUAGCAUCCUCUUCAGAUACCUACAAUUUGGGAAUGCAUCAUUUUCCAUAUAACCAAUCCGCAGUCUUUUCACAUCAGCCACAACCGGGAUCGAGUGAUCGUCAGAACGUGCAGAUGCCACAGUUUCAUCCCCUCCAGUCUAGGAUGUCAAGUCACCAUCAUCACAUGCUUGGAGCUGCCCACACACAGGCUUUUUCAGAUACAUUGCAGCCCGAUCCCCUUGGUCGUUUUCAAGGGCUUGAUAUCAGCAACAGAGGCUCUCAUCUCGUGAAGUCUGAAGGCCCUUCUAUUUCUGCCAGUGAAAGCAGCAGCACAUUCUGA